UCUCAGGUCGCUCCAAAUCACGCAAUUCUCGUUGCAGCGUAAAUCGCACUACCGAAGGUCCCUUACUUCGACAGAAAAUUUAUUAACUCGUUCCUUCUGAUAAUAAAAGAUUCUUGAGAGAUACUAGAGGAUGCGGCGAAUGAAUUUUUUGCGAUAUCGCAGAAACUCUCAAGAAAUAUAAUCGUUCGCAAGAGAUACGACGAUAGAUAUAUCGAGCUCGAUACUGGCGAAGUGACUUUUAAUAGCGCGUCGUCGUUGUAGCGCGCUUUUAGCUAUGUCGAAGACAUCACGUUAAAUAAUGUGCUAAUCACCAUGUUUAUCAACCGUGCCAGCACCGUAUGAGUCACAAAAGCGAACGAAAAAUCAUGAAGAAUAUCGAAACAAUUUCAAACGUGUAAUAUAAAUUCAGACGCGACAAAAAUGAUCGCGAACUCUGAUCAUAUUUCCCGACUGGAUUACGAACGCGAAAACGAUAAGAGAGUUAGUUUACCAAUUCCUGAUGAUAUCGACGAACAAACGAUGACUGCACAUCAGAUGACUUCUCGUUAAUUGCCUCGCACUUUUUUUGGAUUACCAAAAAGAAACGUUAUGAUUAACGCGAGCGUAAGUCAGCUUGUAAAUCAAGUGGACAAGAGCAAUUUUACACUAUACACAGAAUGGGAGGAUACAUCUUUCAAAAUAAUAGUGUUGAGGCCAAGUACACUACCAUUAAGUGGCAAGAUGCAUAUAGAGAAUGCCAAUUACUUCUUAAAUCACUUGGACGAAUCCUUUGAAACAUAUCUGGAGAAAACAAAACAAGCAUUCUCUGGAAAAAACGCUGAUAUAAAAUUCUUUCUGCAGGAUGAAUCAUAUGGAACAACAUUCACAUGGAAACAACAAAAUGUUCUCACUCGUGGAGAAAUUACAAUGCAUUCUCUUUCGAAUAUAUUGAUUCUGUCUGACACUUUAAAACAAUCAUUAGAACUCUAUCAACAAUAUCAAGAGCGAGCACUGGCACUGGAAAAAGAGAAUGAAUACUUUAAGAAAAGCAAUACAGAACUGAUCGUGAAUUUAGAAGAAAUAAUAAACAAAAAGAACACUAUGGAAAAAGAUCUUAACAUGAAAUUUCUUUUACUUCUGAAUACAAAGAAGAAAAAAAUUAGAGAGCUUCAGGAAGCUUUAAAUAAUACAAAAAAGACAAUAACGAGGUCAGCAUAUAAUGAAACCACUGAUGAUGAAAGUGAUGAAUCAGAUAUAAAGAGUAAGAAAAUGUAUGAUACUAAAUCAUCUAAACUAAAGAAACAAAAGAUGGAUUAUAAAAAUGAUCAGGAAGUUAUACCAAAGAGUAAGACAAAUUUUAAGAGACACAUGAAUUUCUCUUCUAGUGAAGAUACAAGUCCUGAGCCUUCAACAAGUAAAGUCAAGUUAAUGUUACAAAAUACAAACGUGUAUGAUACAGUGAAAUCCAAGCGAGUUCUUAACAACUCAGAAGAAGAAUAUAACACUUCUGAGGAGGAUAUGUUUUCCUAA